GUCAUCAUCCGGGCCUCUAUAUACGUCAGCGCGCGCAUGCCCACUCUUCCACUGUGGUUCGACCUCUGCAGUCGAGAGACCCGGGCUUCAACCAAACCUGACCGCACCGGUUAAAACUACCUGAAGUACAACAUGUACGCCUGUGCAAAGUUCGUCUCCACGCCGGCUCUGGUCCGUGCUGGUUCCCGGGCUCUUUACAGACCCCUGUCUGCCUCUGUGCUGUCCAGGCCCGAUGUCAAAACAGAGAACACCGUUGCUCUGAUGCCACAGAGUCCCAUCAGCCAGGUACUGAGAGGCUUCCAGACCAGCGCUGUCAGCAGGGACAUUGACACCGCCGCCAAGUUCAUCGGCGCUGGAGCCGCCACAGUCGGAGUAGCUGGAUCCGGUGCUGGGAUUGGGACAGUGUUCGGUAGUCUCAUCAUUGGCUAUGCUAGGAACCCCUCUCUGAAGCAGCAGCUGUUCUCAUACGCCAUCCUGGGAUUUGCCCUGUCUGAAGCCAUGGGACUGUUCUGUUUGAUGGUUGCUUUCCUGAUCCUGUUUGCUAUGUAAAACUCUGCUGUCAGACAACUUUCAUUACAGAUGUGACUACAUAUUUUAUUGUGGCUACCAAAAUUGUUCCGUGUUGGUGUCAUGGAAAUGUACAUUUUCAAGUCCUUCAGACACUGUUGAAAUAAGCAAAACAUGUAUUGUACAAAUGUAAGAAAUUACGUGAUUAAAAUACAUGUAUUUGACUAUUUACUGAUGGCAGCAACUUUUGUCUG